AUGGCACUCGGUCCUUAUGCUUCUGAGAUGUGGUCAGAAAGCCUGUUCAAGCGUCCUCAAUCUAUCCCAGUUAAGGCUGUAUUCGAGAAGGGUUUGACUUCAAUUCUGGCAAAGUCUUCGAAUGCCCAUCGGAAUCCGGCCGAGGUAGUUACAUCGAGCUGCUACUGGAGUAAAUACGGUGCUAAUGAUGAUGACCACUGCCCGGCAAUGAAAAAGAGGAUCGAAGAGACAAAUCAGAACCUCGAUGAGGAGGAGGAGGAGGAGGAGGAGGAGGAGGAGGAGGAGGAAUCAAACCAACAUAUUUAA